AUGGCGAGCGGCCACCGCCUCCUGCUGGAGAACGCGCAGCAAGCGGUGCUGGUGUGCGCCCGCGGGGAGCGCUUCCUGGCCGGGCCCGCGCCGCGCAGCCUGGCCGUGCUGGAGGGCGCCAGCCUGGUGGUGGGCGCAGAUGGGUUAAUAGAAGCUAUUGGUCCUGCUGAUGUUAUCCAAAGAAAGUUUUCUGAAGCGACUUUUGAAGAAAGAAUUGACUGCUCAGGAAAAUGUAUCCUACCAGGUUUGGUGGAUGCACACACACAUCCUGUAUGGGCUGGUGAAAGAGUUCAUGAGUUUGCAAUGAAGUUGGCAGGGGCCACCUACAUGGAUAUCCACCAGGCUGGAGGAGGGAUUAACUUCACCGUGCAGCACACGCGCCAAGCGUCAGAGGACGAGCUCUUCUGCUCGUUCCAGCAGCGGCUCCAGUGCAUGAUGAGGGCAGGCACCACGCUGGUGGAGUGCAAGAGCGGAUAUGGCCUCAACCUGGAGACAGAGCUCAAGAUGCUGCGCGUCAUCGAGUGGGCAAGGAAGGAGAUGAAUGUUGGCAUCUCCGCCACCUACUGCGGGGCUCACUCAGUGCCCAAAGGAAAAUCUGCCACUGAAGCUGCUGAUGACAUUGUCAAUAACCACCUCCCGAAGCUGAAGGAACUUGGCAGCAGUGGGGAAAUACACAUUGACAACAUAGAUGUGUUCUGUGAGAAGGGCGUCUUUGAUCUGGAUUCCACCCGAAGGAUUCUGCAAAGUGGAAAGGAGAUGGGGUUGCAGAUUAACUUCCAUGGGGAUGAGCUCCACCCGAUGAAGGCUGCUGAGCUCGGGGCUGAACUAGGAGCCCAAGCGAUCAGCCACCUGGAGGAAGUGAGCGAUGAAGGCAUUGCUGCCAUGGCAACAGCCAGGUGUUCUGCGGUCCUUUUGCCCACCACAGCCUACAUGCUGAGGCUGAAGCAGCCUCGAGCCAGGAAGAUGUUAGACGAAGGGGUGAUCGUUGCCCUGGGCAGCGAUUUCAACCCCAAUGCAUAUUGCUUCUCCAUGCCAAUGGUCAUGCAUCUGGCCUGUGUAAACAUGAGGAUGUCCAUGCCUGAGGCCUUGGCUGCCGCCACCAUUAAUGCCGCUUAUGCAUUAGGAAGAUCUCACACACACGGGUCUUUGGAGGUUGGCAAACAGGGAGAUGUCAUCAUCAUCAAUGCAUCCAGAUGGGAGCAUUUGAUUUACCAGUUUGGAGGCCAUCAUGAAUUAAUUGAUUAUGUUAUAGCUAAAGGAAAAGUCAUUUAUAAAAAAUGACUGAUCUGCAAGAAAAGAAACGACACACUUUCUGUAUCUAAUAAGUCAAUACAGUUGUAAGUUUAAAUACUUGAGUGGCUUACCAGAACUAUGUCACUUUAGCCUAAUCAUAUUUUAAUGUCUUACCAAUUCACUUGAAAACCAAAGGAUUGAUUUAUUUGAAAUGAACAUGUGCACCUUGACAUAUAAGCAGGUGAACCUAUUAUGAUAAUUUCAAAACAUUAAAUUGUUUUGUGAUAUUCAUUACAAAUAUUCCAAACAUUAAUGUGAUGAGGUACCUCCAAAGUGCCUCUGUGGGGAGAGCAGACAUAGCUUGAAAUUUCCAUUUUGUUUCUAUAUCUGAAAUUUCAAUUUUUAAACUAUAGUUAAUGAAUAUUGGGCAAUAAAAAUAAAUCCAAAUGAUAUGCCACAAAUUACUAAGCUAAUUUAUACCAUUUUCUAGCAAGCAAAUAGAAUAUUCUUUUCCCACACAGUUGCUUUCUUCAACCUUAGUAACAAAGCUUCAACGAGGAACUCAAAACUUGUUUUUACACAGAGACAUAACAACCAUCCUGUACAGAAUGCAUUCUCACCAACUCCAAACAUGUAGUUGUUUUUUAAAAAAAUAUUGCUUAAGUUUUGGAUUUUUCAUAUUACAAAUCUGUGAUAAAGACUUUAUAACUUUAUUUUUUAAUUUUUUUAUUUUAGAGCAAGUGAGAGAGUGAGAGAGAGAAUUGAAGUAUCAGGGCCUCAGCCAUUGCAAUCGAACUCCAGACACUUGCACCACCUAGUGGGCAUU